AUGGAAGGAGGCUCGCUGUUUUCCGCCCUCUCCUACCUCAAACAAGCCGGCUUCAGAGCCCUUCCGCCACAGGACUGCCUCCGACUCUCCCGCCAAGUCACAAACGGACUCGCCUAUUUGCACGCCUCUGCUUUCUCCUUCGGUGACCUCAAGACCCUCAACAUCCUCCUCUCUGCAACUCCGAACCUUCACACUGGCCGCUUCCCGACAAAUGUGCGCGCCAAACUCUGCGACUUUGGCCUCUCCCGUAACCUCAAGCACCUGGUCGAUCCGUGUGACGUCGCUUCCAACCCCAACGCAACCCAAAUUCCAGCCCAGCAUGGGCCGGCGGGCACUUUUGCCUACCUAGCCCCAGAGGCAUUUGCGGGCCUACCCACAGACGAUCCUGACGCGCCCAAGCGCGCCGACAUAUACGCCCUCGGUAUCGUCUUGUGGGAGCUCGCCACGCUCCAGACUCCAUGGCCGGGCCUCAGAGCCCUGCAGCUCAUCAGACUUGUCGGGAGGGAAGGGAGACGCCCGGAGUGGCCAGAAAAUGUCUCACAUUUAUCGCAGGGGUACAUUGAUUUGGUCGAAAGGUGCUGGCACCAGGACCCGGCCCUGCGGCCAAGCGCGGAGCAAGUUGCGAGUGAGCUAGAGGCCAUGUAUUGUGCCUUUGGAGAUACGUCUGAGUCAGGACUAGACCUUUGUACUCAUAUGGAAGACGGAGAAUCGUCAGACAUGCUCCCCCGAGCCAGGAAUGACUCAUUGCUGGGGACUGAAGCAGGACUCAGUGUGGAUAGUGACAGUGAUGUGGUGCGUGUGGAUGACGAUUAAGAUGAAGAUGAGAGCGAAAGAAAGUGGAGUUCGUCGGUGUAUCCAGAUUCGGAAUUCAUGAGCAGGACUGUGACAAGCACGAUUACCGGUACGAAUACCAGGUCGUAUCCUUCAUCGAUUGAGUCUUCGCUCUCAUUAGAGGACAUUCCGGACCCAGACCGCGCAUUCACAAAAGUGGAAUCCAUGAUGCUCCCUCCCGAUUUCGUAAUUAAUGAGCACGGGACGUUGCGGCAGAAUGCGACUACAGAGGCAACGUGGACUGAAGCAGAUGCGGUGAAGACGCAAAACGUCGUCCGACAACCAUUGCCACAGAAAAAACCGCUCCGCAGGCCGUCGCAGAGGGCUCCGUCUCAGCACCGGCUAGAACAAAUCAAAGCACAGCGACAGUACUCAGUCCCCGCAUACCUGCAAGAGGAUGACGUAGAACAAGAGCUUGCCGAACUGGCCGUCUCUGAUGACAAAUGGCAAGAGGGGUUGCUAACCACAAGCACGAUCGGGUUUUCGGACGAUCGUGCACAUGGGCCUUCCAAGAACGCCCCGGCGAUGACUAUCGUCCGGACGUACUCGGUGCCUGCUGGUCUUACGAGCAGCGGGGACUUGGACAAAAUGAUCGAGAUGCUGGACCUGGAUGCCUUCCCUGAUAUCAGCAGCGUGGGAGUAAGCAUGGAUACUCGGCCUCAUUUUCGGUAGGCGGCGUGCUUGUGAUGAGGGUAGAUUAGCUUUGCGCGAUACCGUAGAGUAAGUCGGUAGUUUUGUUGUGAUCCUAUUUCUCGUAUGGAUCGCAUCAGAUGGGAGAAGAUGAAGACAUAACAAUUGAAUAUAUCAACAGCCCUGAAGAAGAUGUGCUUCCUUUUCUCCAUCAGCGGCGAUGCCCAAUCUCUGGAUUAACCCACGAUUCUUGCAUUAGCGACCAUCACGAUUGGAUGGAAGGGCUGCACUGUGGAACCCUGCGACUCUCGUGAAGACUAGAUGGGAGGGGGUAGCUACGUUCAAACACGUCUAGACUGUACUGUGUUCACAUCUGGGAAGGCACAUUCGUGGCAGAACAAAGAUAUGAUACGGAAUGCCCGCCGUCGAGAGUCUAAGGCGUGGCACUUCUCAGUUGCCGGUUUGGGUGCGCAUCUCGCGCCUAAGAAGAGUGAGAAAGUUUGUAGAAUUAUUGGCUUUCUUUGGUGACUGCGUACGUUGAGUAGCGAGCUAAUCUGAGAGGCAAUAUUGCUACACCGCUCCCAUGUUCAGUAUCCUACCCUGACAAGCUCGAUAUCAAAAUAUAAGGUUGAAUUCGGCGGAAUAGCGCCACCAGCUCCCCUGGCACCAUACCCAA